AUGGCUGGCUCUGGCGAUGAGGGUUGGGAGGUCGUGGACGCCCCCAAAGUCGACGAUCGAUCCGAUGCAUGCAAGGAAGCUUACGGAAAGAUCGAGAGCACUGCCAUGAAGGCUUGCUGUGUGCAGGUGCAGAACAAGAAGCUGCUCUUCUGCCUUCAGCCUCGGGAAGCUUUACCCAAGCACGAGAGCCGUCUCUGUGCAUCCAACCUGUCUAAUCGGUGCAACACCUGCAAGCACCGCAUGCCGAAGUUCGCGCAGUUGAUGGGUGAAAACGGGUCAUUCCUCGCAUUCAACGACGUGAAGGAGUCAAACGUACAGACACUUCGACAGUUGCGCCAGAAGCAUUGGAAGAAGAUUCAGAACGUAUCUGAGCUCACUGCCGUGGUCAUUGACGAGGACUUCGUGAAGGAAUAUCCCAUAGAGGUUGGACCAUUCAGCCACGUGCACUUCACCUGCGACCAACUCUCGGACGCUGGAUUAUCUCAGAGGCUAAAGGAUCUGAAGCUUUACAUGAACGGCUCCUUCGAGAACCGAUUCCAGCGCUUGGUGGACGACCCAGCUUCGCUGAAAGUCAUCCAGGAUGCGAUUCCCCGGCUGGUGCGCCCGGACCACUGGAGGGCUGUUGUCCAAUGGGCUGUGAACUUUGUUGCUGAAGCUCGCGGCAAGAGCUGGGAGAAGCUUGCUUUCCAUGAAAAGUUCCACGUGAUGAUCUAUGCGAUGCUGACAGGACGGUCCCAUGGGAAUGUGCAUCUGGACAUGCAGCAGGCCAGCAAUCUGGUGGACUUCAUGGACACCUCCGUUAACCUGGAGGGCCUUGUGGCGAUGAUGGACGAUCGAAGCAAUCCAGCAACGUACAUGGUCUCACGUGUCGCGGAGCUUUUGCGGGACAAGCAAGUGAAGUCGCUGUGCACCGUGACUUUGGUCUGGGGCCUGGACGGCAGCCCCCAUAAGUCAGACCUCGACUUGCACACCUGGGUGAAGGGGAAGGAGCUUUUCUACGGCAACAAGAAGGUGGAAAGCUGCUGCCUGGACUUUGACGCAAAUGCGUCAAACAUCGAGAAGAACCCGGCCGAGAACAUAUCGCUGAACCAAGUGGGAACCUUCGUCAUGAAGGUCAACAACUACAACAAUCGUGACAGCGCCAACGUUCCAUUCAAGGUUAUCGUGCGAAAGGCUGGCCAGGAAAGCGAAGUCCACGAGGCUGUCUGGCCGCGAAACAGGGCAAAGGGAACCUUGAUGGAAGUUUGCACGGUGAGGGUGAAGCCGGAGGACCUCGUCGAAAAGCCCGUGGAGCUGUCUGAGGCGGAGCAGCGGAAGCUUGCAGCGAAGGAGGCUGAGUGGACGCAGAUUUUCGGAGAGCCCGUGUCGACGCUAGCCUGCGAGCGCGACCUCAACGUGAAGAUGUUGAAGCUGCCUGUCCGGCAUGCCCGCAGAGCUCCAGGAUGUCCCACUCCGCAGCAGCAGUUCACCAAGAUCCUUGAGCGGCCUCCAAAGUCAGCAAAGAAGAUGGGAUCCUCCUUGGCCGAACGCUGUCAGCUCGAGACGUUGGAAAGCUUCAUCCAUCAUGUGACAGAGCAUGAGUGCACGGUGGAGGUCGACAUUCGGAACUUCGUCCCGGGAUAUGUCACUCGCCUGGAGACGGCGACGGACCUUCUGCACAGCAAGUUCGCCGUCAAUGUCUUCCAUCAGAAGUACGAGCUGCCGCAGCAGCCCCGCACGGAUGAGCAGUCAUCGGCCAGGUUUGACGCAUCCUGGGGUCUGCAGGCCUCUGCAGCAGUGCGUGGCUUCGUGCAGAUCAACAAGAUCUGGUUCAUGAUCCUGGACGGUGCUCGGCUUUCGCCCAACAGCAGUGACUGGCCUUUGGCUGGCGGUAUGUAUCCGACCAACCUGAAGCCAGAGGCCCAUCAUCACCGCAGCAAGUGGGCCAGCUUUCACUCUUUGACUGCACCGAAGGACCCGAAGGAUGGACUUCCGCUAAUCGGUUCUGCCCUUGUUGGCUUUCCCAACUUUCAAUUCAAGCUGGACGGGCGCCAGGUCACCGUCAGAGCAUAG